GAGAAAUUCUACGAGAAGAAAAAAUGGGAAGAUGUUGCUGAAGAUCUUUCUUAUCAAUCGGAUUUCCAAAUCCACCAAAUAUGUGAAAAGUAUCGCAGUACAAAGAAAUUCCUCCUCAGCGAAGAUUUAGCCCUAGACGAAGAUUUAGCCCUAGAGUCCGGCAAAUGCCGGAUAUUAGAUAAACUGCUUCCAAAGAUUAUAGAGAAGGGCGACAAGCUACUCAUUUUCUCACAGUUUACCUCAAUGCUUGAUAUUCUGGAGGUCUAUAUGCGAAUACGGGGCUACGCAUACAAACGGUUAGAUGGAUCAACACCGGUGAUGGAAAGGCAAGAGAUGAUCAAUGAGUUCAACAACGAUGAUGAUCUUUUCGCAGAAGAUCGGUGUCACCGUAUGGGUCAGAAGAAAGAGGUGUUUGUGACCAAAUUGAUCAGUAAAGACACUGUGGAGGCGGAAGAUCGAUGCCACCGUAUGGGUCAGAAGAAAGAGGUAUUUGUGACCAAACUUAUCAGUAAAGACACUGUAGAGAUGGAAUCAAAGGACAAAUUGAAG